UUUAAUCUGUUUCCUGUUAGUGUCACGCUAAUCGCUAUUUUGUAGUAUUCGUGAUUACAAUUGGCGAACGUUGUGGGAAAUACCAAGUGAAAUAGUGGUGAUCGAUGGCAAAGUAAGCAUUUACGUGGUUAAAACCAGAACGGGUCGCGCGUUCCCGUAACUCCUGGUGAUUCAUCGAGGUUUUAUAAACGUUUGUCACUAUGGACACCGACGAUGGUGAAUCCUCAAGCAGUGGGCCUAUGUCCAGCUUGAAUAGCUUAUUUUCCUUCACCAGUCCUGCUGUAAAGAAAUUACUUGGCUGGAAACAGGGUGAUGAAGAAGAGAAAUGGGCCGAAAAAGCAGUGGACAGCCUCGUGAAGAAGUUAAAGAAGAGAAAAGGAGCCAUCGAGGAGUUGGAGCGCGCGCUGUCCUGUCCCGGCACGCCUUCCAAGUGCGUCACAAUACCGCGGUCGUUGGAUGGAAGAUUGCAGGUCUCACAUCGCAAAGGCCUGCCCCAUGUGAUCUACUGCCGAGUAUGGCGGUGGCCGGACCUCCAAAGCCACCAUGAACUUAAACCACUCGAAAUUUGUCAGUUUCCAUUCAGCGCUAAACAAAAGGAGGUAUGCAUAAAUCCUUACCACUAUAAACGCGUAGAGAGCCCAGUUUUGCCACCAGUUCUUGUACCUCGGCAUUCGGAAUUCGCUCCGGGGCACUCUCUGCUGCCCUUCCAGAGAACAGUGGAGCCGGCGAUGCCCCACAACGUAUCAUACUCGGGGUCAGGGUUUCCACCUUCGGCGACAUCGGAACUGCCGGAUACUCCUCCUCCGGCGUAUUCUCCGCCGUCCGAUGACACCGAGCCCCCGGGAGAAGUAGCUCCGGUUUCCUACCAGGAGCCCCUGUAUUGGGCGUCAGUAGCGUACUACGAGUUAAACUGUCGAGUCGGUGAAGUUUUCCAUUGCAACUCACACUCCGUAGUAGUGGACGGCUUCACCGAUCCAUCGAACAAUAGCGAUAGGUUCUGUCUCGGCCAGCUCAGCAACGUGAACAGAAACUCCACGAUAGAGAACACCAGGCGUCACAUAGGGAAAGGAGUCCACCUGUACUACGUGGGCGGAGAGGUGUACGCCGAGUGCCUCUCGGACGCGGCCAUCUUCGUGCAGAGCCGCAACUGCAACCACCACCACGGCUUCCACCCCUCCACCGUCUGUAAGAUCCCGCCGGGCUGCUCGCUGAAGAUCUUCAACAACCGCGAGUUCGCCCAGCUGCUCUCGCAGAGCGUGAACCACGGCUUCGAAGCGGUCUACGAGCUGACGAAGAUGUGCACCAUCCGGAUGUCAUUCGUGAAGGGCUGGGGGGCGGAGUACCACCGGCAGGACGUGACGUCGACGCCGUGCUGGAUCGAGAUCCACCUGCACGGGCCGCUGCAGUGGCUGGACAAGGUCCUGACGCAGAUGGGCUCCCCUCACAACGCCAUAUCGUCCGUGUCUUAGCCGUGCCACGAUCACAUUCGCCCCCCACCGUUUUUCGUAUUUUUAUUUCGGUUCUAUUCGCUAAUCUCACAAAAUUACGUGCAUUUUUUUUCUUUAGUAAGCUAAGAGAUUGUGGAUUUUAAAUUUUGUAAAAACACGUUCUAUAGCAGUAUCCGAAAAUGUUGCUAACAAAAGAUUUUAUAAAUUAAUUUAUUUCCGUCAAGAUGUUUCGUAGGAAUGUGUCGAUAUCCGAGUGUUCGUUAUCUUGCGGAAAUUAAGAAAUUAAACUUCUACGAAUAUAACAUUAAAAAAAAAAACGUUUCAUACAGUAACGUGACUAUUCGUUGCCAUAUAGCGAUUUUAUAUUUUUAAUAUCUAAACGCGUAUUCAAUUUAACUAUAUGCCCAAAUAUUUUAUAAAAUUGUAGCUCAAAUGAUGUGUCCAAUACGGUCGGAACGUGAAACGUAUUCUAAGUAAUUGUUUGUAUCUGUUAUAAAGACAUAUAUUAGGAAUGGAUGAAUUAUACUCGUGAACGUCUUACGAUGAUGACAACUUAAUAUUAUCGUUGUAAAUAAUUGGAGAAGUUAAGAAUCGGUUCGGUGUGUCGCAGACUCGAUUAUUAAAAUGGUAUGUCAAGGUAUUGUAAUUAUACGAUUAUUAACAAUAUAUAAAGCUUCUAGUUAUCUUAAAUGCAAUUUUUUUUACUAAUUUUUACAUUGUGUAAUUAAAUGGUUAUGUGGUACCCAAAAUUUUAACAAUAAUUUAAUUAAAAAAAAAAAAAAAAAAGUUAGAGAACUUUUUUCAAAAUUGAAUCGCCAUUUUACAUGUAUAUAAAAUAAAAACGAUAUUCCUUUACGGGGCCACAGUAACAGUUAAUCUUAACGGUAAAUAUAUUUUACAUGAAGUAGUUGUAAGAUGGAAUUGAAUAGGAAUCGUGUCGAAAAGUAAACAUGUUUUAUUGGAUAUAGAAUUAUUUCGUUAUAAUAAUAGUCAAGACCAAAUGUGAAAUUGUAAAUGGGUGCGUUCGUGUUUUAAUUUUUUUUUUAAUAACGUACAUGGCAGUGGUUCUAAAAGUAUGAAUGUGCCAUUUUGUGUAAAUUGUGAAUUCAACGGAGAAACUGGUCUUUAAUUUGAAUGGUGGAAUGUUGUUUUUUCGUUGUAAGAAAAUUGAUUUUUUUUUUAAUUGUAAAUUUUGUUACAUUUAUAUUUUAUAUUUGGACGAAGGAUAAAAUUUAUAAUAAUAACGGAUUUAAUGAUUGAAUAUAAUUUGAUAUGAUCAAUGAUUAUGAUCGUUGAUAGAACUUGACUUAUAAAACCAAAUUGGGGCAUUGCGCAGACAAAAUUUCUUAUUGAAUUGAUCUCAAAAUAAUACUAAGUGUUUAGUUCCUCCUGAUGAUUCACUGUGGCGUGUCCCGUGCCUUAUGAGAGUGCAUUCAAUGAAAACUAAAAGAA